CCGCCGCUGGUGUGGGACCAGAAGCUAGCGCAGUACGCGUCGUCCUACGCGAACCAGAGACGGGCCGACUGUGCGCUGCGGCACUCGAACGGGCCGUACGGGGAGAACAUUUUCUGGGGGAGCGGCGACGGGUGGUCGCCGUCGCAGGCGGCGGCGGCGUGGGUGUCGGAGCGGAGGGGGUACAACUACCGGUCGAACUCGUGCUCCGGCGGACAGCAGUGCGGGCAUUACACUCAGAUCGUGUGGAGGGACACCAGACGAAUCGGGUGCGCUCGUGUCGUCUGCGACGACGGCACCGGAGUUUUCAUGACCUGCAACUAUGAUCCGCCGGGGAAUUUCGUCGGAGAGAGGCCUUAUUGAAAACAAUUCAUUAUUAAUAUUCUAGUUUAUAUUUUAUUUUUAAUAUUUUUAUGUGCAAAUAAUAGUUAUACAUAUUUAAAAAAAAUAGAUAGAUAGAUACAAAUGUAUGUGACAUUUUAUUUUAUUUUAUAUUUUAUGUGCACAGAAAUAAAAUAAAAAUGUGUGAUGGCCAGUUGGUCACUUUACAGUAGAUUUUAUAAUAAUGUAUUUAUAUGUAAAAUGGAUUUUUUUUAGAAGGUGAAAUAUAUUUAAUUUGCAAA